AUGGCAGAACCCCAGCCCCAUUCCGCUGCUGUGAGAAAAAGUUCCAAUCCUAGAGAGAAUAUCUGCUUGUGUCCGGCGAGUCCCAAGAUCCCCAGACCUCGAAACUCCUUCAUUUUGUUCCGUCAACACCAACAAGCCAGUAUCAUAGCGCAAAAUCCAGGCAUUCCGAAUCCGGAAGUAUCAAAGAUCAUUGGCGAACAAUGGCGUGGUCUGUCCGCUGAGGCCAAAGAGGAAUGGAAUCUGCUUGCGGAAGAAGAGAAAGCCCGCCAUCAACAGCAGUAUCCCGGUUAUCGUUACCAUCCGCGUCGCAACGGCCGGGUCAGCAAUCAAUCCUCUCUAUCUGGGCCUCCAUCUGUCGAACCGCAAGAUUCUUGCACAAAGUGUGGAGGGAAGCCAAUGAACUAUUACACCAAUCCGACUCCCGUUUAUACCCCGCCGCUGUCUACUACGCGACAACCGAUGGCCGUGACGGUCCCUGCAAAGCGUGGCUAUGUCGUCAGUGCUGCGCCGCCGGGUUCGAGAAUCCAUGGACAGCCAGCUCUCUCGCCUGAGCAUGUCACUUUCCAGAGAGUCGAUUCUCGAUUGGUUUAUGCGGUCCCGCCUCCCCCUCAAACCCUGCCCACUCCCCCAUCGGCAGAAUCACAGGACGCAAAGAGACGGCGAUUCAACAGCAACGGGGUCUAUUUGCCUGGUCGGGAAGUAUAUCCUGAAGGGUCAUAUUCAUACGCCCAUUCUCCCACUGGCGGUGGUGUUUAUGCCCGUCAAGAGGUUUUGCAGCAUCCCCCACAGAUCCCCCUCCAACAUGUCCAAGUUGCCAAACCACAGAUGGUGUCGCCUCCUCGAGCAGCAUACCCUCGUCCGCCGCAGCUGCAACCCAUUCGACCACCUCCUCCCCCCCAUCAGAGAAAUCGAUCGAGUGUAGCUUUACCUCCUAUUGAGACGAUGGUCACGCAGACUCCUGUCAAGACGCCCUCCACGCAAUCUCAGAGCUCGGGAGUUGAGGCCAUGAUUAUGUCCAUUCCAGUGCUAAAUAAGAUCAAGGUCCUCUCUCAGAUCUCUGGCCCAUUGCCGGCGCCAGGCGUCACCUCACCAAGACCAGAAGUUCGAGGAGCUAUCAUUGCCGUGGAGGGGAUGGACGCUGACAGUGUCUAUAGCAUGACCAACUCUCUAGCGGAACAGUUGGAAAAGGAGGGCAAGUUUGCCGUGAGGAUCUUCGGAGGCCCAGACCCAUACUCUGUGAUACGUGAUGCAAAGGCCAUUUCUGGCGGAGGAAAGAAGGAAGGCAUGACUCCGGAUGCGUACCUGGAUCUAAUGAGCCAGUGGCACAAAAUCAACAAGGACAUGGUUGAGUAUAUUACUUCGAAGCCGAGGACUGGGUCAAAAUCAUCCCCCAUUACGAUCGACCAUCAAGAUGAUGGCCAUCUCAUGACUGGAGCGGAAGACCACCAGCAGGCACCCAUGUUGUCAGAAAAAACGCUGCAGGUGGGGAUUCCAUCUCAAUCAUCCAGUGCGAUGCAGGAGAGCAGGGCAGACCGGCUUGACUCGGCCAUUUCACCCAAGACAAUCAGCAAAGCCGCUGAUAUGUCCAUCGCGUCGCCGCCUGUUAUUCCAGUAGGACACAAGGGCAGAAGCCAAAGCACACCUGGCCUAUGGGCGAACAACGACUUAACUCUAGCAGGAUUGGACACACGACCACCACAACCAAUGUUGACCUUUCCCCGUCCUCUUAACUCGAAGCGCGUUCCUCCUCCGCCAGAGACGCCUCCGCCAUCCACGCCUCCGCCUCCAGCCGCGUCGAAUUCUCACCCAUUGUCGCGAAUUCCACCCCCUCUGCCGGCUUCUUCGGUGCCCCGCCCAGCGUCUGUUCAGCCGCCGGCAACUUCAACCUCCACCAGCACGACAUCUUAUACCAAUCCCAGCAUAGCCAUACCUGUUGCCAUCGUUCCACACUUUCAGCUCACUACAGUCGACGCGGGCUCCAUCAGCAUGCCCAUAAAUGACGGAUUCUCUCCACCGGCUCACUGGCAGUGGUUUGCCACGCUUUGGCGCGGGAGCGUGGGGCCAGAUAUCACGAUCAUUAUAAGAGGAAUGGACGAAGAGCUUGCCGAAGGUGUGGACACUGUCAAACAGACGCCGAUACAGGCCAACCAUGCCAGUGUUUUGGGAGGCGCGCAUGGGAAUACGGGUGCUGGCAGGGAUAGGAUCUCAAGUGUAGCUUCCUCACAAUCGCACACCAGCGGGACGGGCCCAGUGGAAAUUCGAUUGCAUGAUGCUAGGGCCGUGAUUGUCAAGACGGGUAUGGUUGGGUCGAAUGCAUCGUCAACGCUGAAUAUGGUAGCAGGGGAGGACGUGAAGGGAACAAACAAGACACUGACCGGGGCACAACUGACCAAGGAGAUGGAAAAUUGGGGGAAGGCAAAGAGGAGGGUUGGCUUCGAGGUGGAAGAAUUCCUGCGGAGAUGA